AGAGCACAACAGUUCAUAGAAGCUGGAGCUACAAAAGUUAUUAUUAGCGCGCCCUUCGAGGAUGCUCCCAUGUACAUUGUUGGCGUGAAUUUAGAUAAGUUCAAUCAUGAAGAUAAGAUUGUAUCGAUGGCUUCCUGUACAACUAACUGUUUGGCACCGAUAAUAAAAGUUCUCCACGAAAGAUUUGCCAUCGAAGAAGCUCUAAUGACAACCAUCCAUUCUGUGACGAACAGCCAAGUUCUUAUCGACGGAGCUAGACCACACAAAUGGAGAUUUGGCAGAGGUGGCAUCCAGAACAUCAUACCGGCUACUACAGGCGCAGCAAAAGCUAUUGGAAAAAUUAUACCUGACUUGAACGGAAAAAUAACUGGACUGGCAUUCAGAGUACCAACACCCAUAGUAUCUGUGAUAAAUGUAUUAAAGAAACCUAUCUUCAUUCUAUUGGACCAGGACCAUGUGGAAGACGACUUGUGAGUGUUAGGAGUGCGAAAUUGGAAAACCAAGACGAAGGAUAGGAAGGAAUGGAAGCUGAUUCUGGAACAGGCCAAGACUCACCAUGAGUUGUAGAGCCAAUGAUGAUGAUAUUCAUUCUAUUAACUAUUAGAUGUUUCUUUCCGAAAUACCUCCCAAAGCUAUUGGGAAAAUUAUACCUGACUUGAAUGGCAUUCUUGAAAAAUAGUGAACUGGAAUUUAGAGUACCAACACCCAUCUUAUCUGUGAUAAAUAUAUUAAAGAACCAGCUUUCUUAAAAUUCUUGUUUUUCCGACAUUGCUAGCUUUUGGUCCUUAUGAUUACUAUAAACUUUUAAUGUGAGUUAUAAAUGUAAUAUUCAUGUCUACAAUAAAAUUAAUAAGUGUUAAAUGUAUUUUCUUAUUGUUGAGUACUGUAAGAGCAACAUGAAAACACUGAAUUGAAUCGAAUUUUGUCCAUGAGAUUUAGAAAGUCAUCCUUCCUAUAUACACCAUUUACAUUAUAUAUGACAAUAGUAUUUUUAUUAUCUUUUUGGAUUUAUAUAAACCUAGUGACUUGUUGUUCAAGUAGUAGUACAAUAAUUGUUAAAGAAAAUGUAGCCUUGUUACAAGAAAUUAGGGUACUCGAAAAAGCUUCUGGCCUAUUUUGUGUGUUAGGUCUUCACUAUUGAAAAAUACACUAAUUUUGUAGGAAUGUAUCUUGUUUGUUAAUUAUUUUGUAAAUAAAAUCACAUAUACCCCUGUUAUUGUAUAGUAAAUAUGUUAAAAGUGGCCUUAGUUCUACAUUAUUUCAUGUAAUUUCGUAUUAUUUUCAUCCAAUUGUCACAUCCAAAGGUGAAGGGCUUAAUUAAUAUUGUUCAUAGUUUAGUAACUUUGAUUUGUACAUAAUAUAUAAAUCAAUUCAGUACCAUUUAAUCUGUUGCCAAACAGUGUAGACUAUAUGUCAUCUUAAUAAAUUAUUCUAUAGCA